AUGCCAGUCGAUAUCGAUCUGACUCAGGACUCCGAGGAUGAGUCGGUUAGGCCAUCAAGGUCAGUGGCCCCGGGACUCUCUUACAUAGAUCUUACCGAAGAUGGAGAUGAUGGGUCAGUACUGUCUGCUUCUAGCAGAACGCGUAACGAUCAUUCCAGAACUGCAACACCUCGAAAGGUCAAGCCAAAUCCUGGGGGAUCGGUCAGCCCCGCGUUGUCCAAGAACGCUCCUCCCCCAAGAGACACAGCGCCUUCUAGAGGACUCCCACGGGAUGGACCGAUCUCGUUCCGGCAAUCUGGAGAAGCUUUUGGCUCAGGGUCCUCUUCACUAGAGAAUGUUAAAUCGAUGCCACCAAAAUCCACCGUCUUGGCAAACACUUCAGGUCCUAGCAGCAAACAGUCACCAUUUCAUCCCUAUGGGUCGCCUCUUGAUAUCCAACAGACACAUCCUGGUGCUCGUGAGUCCUCUCAGCCCAAAGCUGGAAAGGUCCCGCUCCCUAGAGAGCGAGCCGCCAAUGUUGUACCCCCAAGUCUCCGUAGUCCACCAAAAGAGAAACGUGCAGCAUCAAUAACAUCUGCGGCUCCAGCCUCUUGGGCAUCAUCAAAUCUAGCGGAAAAGGAGAGCAGCUCAAGCAAGCCAGUGACGACUGCAGCGCCUGCUAGGCAAUCUCCUACACCCAAAGUCGCACCUGUCGCACACAACCUUGCUAGCUCUAGCAAGCCAGCAGAGGCAUCACGACCUAGCAGACAUUCUUCUAAAGACCAGUUCCUACCGGACUUCUACACAUCAUCCGAAAACGAAGAUCCCAGCUCCAGUGAUUCAGAGGAACCACCAAUUGAGCCAAUAUUACCAAGAAAUGAUAUCCAGCCCAUGCUGGUCACACCUUCAAAAAGGUCAUCGCGAAGCAAGUUGCACGCACAGAGAUCGAUACCUGAUUCCAUUGGAUCACCUUCACCCAACUUCGCACGAUUACGAAAUACUCAAAACCCUCCAAACCCGACAAAACGAGACGAGUCUCCACGCGAGGUUAUGACACGCCGCAAUAUGUCAAAGGAGAAGAAUGGAGAGGGUCUCAACCAGCCAAAUACUCCAACCAUUCGGGGUCUAGAAGAGUCUCUCCGUUCGUUGGAGCGAGACAUGAAGAAUGUGCAUGCUUUAACUAUCAGGCACUUAUUACGCGAUGCUAGGGAGGCCGAAGCCGCCAGAGAACAGCUGUUUGUUGACGCUGUAUCUCCAUUUGGUUCUCUGAAAGGUAUCCAGCUUGAGCUAAAGACCCCGCUUCCAAAAGGGGCGUAUUCACAGCAACUAGAUUCUUAUACCGUGAAGGGCAAGAGCAGCAAUAAUAAUAGCAAACUUACUAAAAGCCGCAGUAUUAUAGUUGCAAAAACCUUCAAAUCGGAUGUUUCACGCGUCCCAAAGUUCAGCUCUCAUACUUUUGUUCGCCGCAACAUAUUAUCGGCCGACGAUGAAAAGCUUAGAUUUGUGCCAUAUCUAGGAGAUGUGGAUAGUAGUCAAAAUAACAAGCGGCGAUUGGAAAAAGAUCUAGCAGAGGCUUAUACUGCGGAACGCUCCGAACCAAGUCGGGUCUCUGAAAACAUUUCUAACCUUGGGGCUCACCUUGAGUAUUGGCUAGAAGAUCUGGAUAUAGGAUGCACCAAGCAGAUUCUGGAACACUACAUUCUAAGACAAGAGGAUAUCGAUGAGUCUGGACUUGGGAAGAAAGCUAGGAAAACGUUACUUAAGUCGUUUGCCACACCAUUGACUACCGAGAAUCUAAAGAUGGCGAAUAAAUUCUCUCAAGCUUUCGAGACAGUUUUUGGUCUUUCUCUAGCCAAGGUUUUGUGGCCCGCCGACCGACUGAAAGAGAUGAUGGAAGCUGCGAAGGCUAAUAGCGGUCGCAAGAGUCUUGACAAUAUAGCAACGAGCUUAGAGACCCAUUUGGAGACCUAUACUGCGCUUUCGUGCCUCAUUUGUGGCGCUAUCGAAUGCCAAACUCAUGGCGCUUAUCAAAAGGACUCCGAUGACGAUACGGAGCAGGCGUUCAAGAAGCAAAUCUCAAUGCCACCAAAGGAACUCAUACGACUAUAUGAAGAGCACCUUGCCAAUAACCCUAAGAGCAAUGAUAUCAUAGAUACAUAUGGAGAGCCUUGUGGCGAGGAAUGUCAUCUAGCAAUGGACUCUUACCCUACGUACCCGGAAUUUACUCAGAAGAGCAUUGAAGACCUUCGCAAUAUGCUCUUCGGUUGGGAAGAAAAACUUUCCCGCUCGUGCGAUAUCUCACUUGGAAUGGAAAGUCCUUGCUGGCAAGUCUUCCUUGAAAUCGAGAAGAUCGAGCUUGGGCGCGAGAUGAGAACACCAGAGGAACCAUUAGCUGGUAGGGCAAAGCGCCCAAACUGGUAUGACAACAAGCGCAAAGAGCUUAAGGCUGGGUUUGAGGAUAUGACGAGUGCUCAUCUCCACCAAGAGAGAUCUCAAAUCAAUCCGUGUGCACACACAGGCCGCCCCUGCGAUGCAGACUGUCCGUGUGCCAAAGCAGACAUCCUAUGCGAAAGCAUGUGUAGCUGCCUGGAUGACUGCCCUAGAAAGUUCACUGGAUGCCCUUGCUCUCUAUAUGGACGUCCUUGCUCUAGUGAUAGUUGCAUCUGCAUUCAGAUGAACCGGGAAUGCGGACCACAAUGCGCUAAAUGUGGUGCAGUCGAGCGUCUCGACCCUCGGAAUAAGUAUAAUGAUGCAUUGUUUACAACGGGCUGCCAAAACAUAGCAUUGUCUCGAGGUGUCGCGAAAAGCUUAAUUAUGGGUGAGAGUCAGCUUGAAGGUACUGGUUUUGGUCUAUAUGCCGCAGAGCCUAUUCGUAAGGGCGAAUUCCUGAGCGAGUAUGGCGGCGAGAUCAUAUCUACCGAUGAGGCAGAGCGCCGUGGUAUCAUCUACGACCGGAAAUUUCUAUCUUUUCUUUUUGACCUCAAUGGUGACUGGGCUAUUGAUGCUGCUCGCCUUGGCAAUAAAACCCGUUUUAUCAACCAUGCUGAUAAUGACAAAGACGGCCUGAACUGCGAAGCAAAGAUCCUCUUCGUCAAUGGCGAACAUCGAAUUAAAUUCCUGGCCCUCCGUGAUAUACGUGAAGGUGAGGAACUGCUGUUCAAUUACGGAAAGAAGUUCGCAGAUAAGCACGGUCUGAACAAAAAGCUACCGAAAAUAAAAGAAGGCGCCAAGAAAGGCGUCGUGGUUGACGACGCACUUGAUGCACUUGAUGGCGUCGAUUCGCGGCGCAAAGGCACGAAUUCCAAAGGUAAUAUGACGGGUAUGAAUCGUGGUCGUGGUAGAGGUAGAGGGCGUGGUAGAGCUAGGAAGAGCGCCCCGACUCGAGACAUGGCCAAGAAGUUAGAGAGUGAGCCAGAGCCAGAAAUAGAGGAAGAGGAAGAGGAUGAGGAUGAGGAUGAAGAGAUGGCAGAUGUUCCUGCUGAUGUUGAUGAUGAAGAGGAUGAUUAUGAAGAAGACGAGGACGGGCCGCGGAAUUUCAGACCGAGACGCAGGAAGACGAAGCCUUUGCGGUAUACGCGCUAG